AUGUCCAUUGUUCAAACCUUUGACCACCAUUGCAACCUUGACGACGGCAAAGUCAUCAACGAUCCGAUCCAUGGCCAUAUUCGCCUGGAUCAAUACACGAUAGACGUCAUGGAUACUGUGCAAUUCCAACGACUUCGAGAUCUCAAGCAGCUUGGUUCAGCCUAUUUUGUAUUUCCUGGUGGCAGCCACAAUCGUUUCGAGCAUUCUAUUGGUGUAUCGCAUUUGGCAGGCACAUUGAUUGAACGCUUUCAAAAAGACCAACCCGAACUCGAGAUUACCAAUGAUGAAGUCAAAUGUGUCAAAUUGGCUGGUCUUUGCCAUGAUUUGGGCCACGGACCUUUCAGCCAUGUGUUCGAUAGUGAAGUAAUGCCUCGAGCAAGACCUGGAUAUCAAUGGUCGCAUGAACAAGCAUCUGAAAUGAUGCUCGAGUACCUCGUUGACGACAACAAUAUUGACAUUGAACGGGACCAUCUCAACUUGAUCAAGGAUCUAAUUGCUGGUGCACCUCGCUCACAAAGCCAAUUCCAGGAACGACGAUUUUUGUUUGAUAUCGUUGCCAACAAGAGGAACAGCGUGGAUGUGGACAAGUUUGAUUACAUUGAGCGUGACACCCACAAUAUUGGUCUACGAAGCUCAUACGAUGCCAAGCGCUUGCUCAUGUUCAGUCGCGUCGUUAACAACGAGAUCUGCUAUCAUCACAAAGAGGUCUACAACAUUUAUGAGAUGUUCCAUACACGAUAUAGUCUUUUCAAACGCAUUUAUACCCACCGUGUUGGCAAAGCAGUGGAGCUGAUGAUUACAGAUGCUCUUUUGCAUGCAGACUCGUAUCUCAAAAUUUCUUCCGCUGUGGAUCGGCCUGAGGAUUACUUAUAUUUGACGGAUGACAUUUUGCGCAUGAUUGAGCGUUCCAAGGAACCUGAACUUGAGACAUCAAGGAGUAUCAUGAAACGGUUGCGUACUCGAGAUCUCUACAAGUUUGUCGACGAGUUUUUGAUCCCACCCGAGAUUCAAGGCCAUCUCACAAAGGACAAGGUGAAUGUCCAAGAAAUCAUGGGCUACCAAUCGACAAAUGACAACCUGCAAGAAGAUGAAAUAGUGGUUGCAUGGGGAAAGGUCAACUAUGCAAUGAAGGAUAGGAACCCUGUGGAUUCGAUUCGAUUCUUUUCCAAAUUCAAUGAUAAUGAAUCCUUCACGAUCCCCAAGCAACAAGUCUCAUUCAUGAUCCCAAGUCAAUUUGAAGAGGUUGUUAUCCGUGUAUUUACGCGUAAUCCACAAAAGACACCUGCCAUCCAGAAAGCAUUCAGGAAGCUGUUGAAGCAAAUUGUCCCAUCCGAUGCAUUGCCAGAGCCCAGCGCUGCACUGACCCUGCCUAAUGAUUACGCCGAUAUUAUGCGAGUUAAACGCGCACGAUCAAGUAGUUUUAGUCGAUCUGAUAACAAUGGUCCCAACAAACGUUCAUCUCUCGCAUAA